AACUGAUGUUGACGUGCUCUCUAGUGUCUCACUGCUACUCAGUUGUUUAAGGCGAUUUAAAAGCCCUACGUGGUCUGAGAGAGGAUGGCUGUACCUUUCUCCAACACACACCUACGAGUUCCUCGUGGGUUUGGCUCCAUCCUGGAGGGGCUGGCGAGGGAAGUGUUGAGAAACCAGCCUGAAGACAUCCCUACUUAUGCCCUUCUUUACUUUGAAGGCCUUCUUAAAGAAAGAGAAGAGAGUGGCUUGGACCCUGCUGAGUGGGCGGCAAAAAUCGAGGACAGAUUCUACAACAACCAUUCAUUUAAGGCUAUUCCACCUGCAACAGAUGUUACAUCCAACACUGAAGAAAGGUCAAAAACUGAAAAUCAAGAAAGUGUUCAAGUAGCCUCACCCCACACAAGGCACCCUGAUGGUUUCACUGAAUAUGUUCAAGAAGAGAGUGAUGAUCGAGGAACAGUAGAGAAGGUCAAAACUGAAGAGGAGCUCUCACCAGAAGAGUCAGAUGACAUACUCCAAGUUGCGGGUGUUAGCAGUGAAGAUUGUGGCAGGGAAAAAGAGGAUGAAGAACAAACGCUUUUCACUGCAUAUGAUAAAGUUGAUCAGGAAUUGAUAGAAAGUGACAUCCAGUUUUCGACAGACAAAGAUAUCAGUCAGUCUGAAUUGGAUAACACUAGUUUGUUAUUAUCCCGAGGCGAUUCCAUGAGAGAUGUGUGCGCUGAUGAGUUACAAACAAUUGAACACGGCGAAAAACCACCCAUACAAGAACAAGAGAACAAUUUAUCAGGUGACGAGAUUAGAGACACAUCGGACAUCGACCAAAGUGCUGAUGCUGGAAAUGUUAGACAGGAGUUUCCAUAUUCUGGGCUAGCAGAUGUGGAUGUGUGUGCUGAGGAACUUCAGCAGACAGACAAAGCAAAUGUGGUAGAUGAUUACCAUAAAGCACCUUCUACCAAAGAGGAAGACCUUCCUGGGGGCUUAUCGCUGUCCCAAAACCAAACACAAACACCUUCCCUAGAAGAUAUGGAACCUCAGGAGAAGAAAACACUGGAGAACCAAGAACUAAUUGAGACACAUCCUCUAGAAACCCAUGAACUUGUACUUUCCACAGGAAAUGCUGGUCACCAUACGAAGGAAAUUGAGAAUACGUUAGCUACUGAUGCUGCUCCUCAGGAGGAGGCCUUAGUUGAGAUUAACUUUGAUGAUGUCCCCGAAGUUCACCAGAUAGUUGAGACUGAAGGUCAGACAGAAGACGGAUCUUCGGUCUUGGAACACAGUGAGCAGCGACCAGAGAGCCAGUUGGAUGAGGACAUCGUUGGGGCUCGGUCUGGUCAUGGGGAAGAUGGUUUACAAUACAGUGAUGAGCCCACCUCUGAAACAGAGGGACAAGAGAAGGAAGUGAAGGCCGAAAGGGAGGAAAUAGACGACAAUGAGGCUGCAGACAUCAGCCUGAAGUUGGACACAAGUGAACUAGCCUUGAGCAAUAUUGGUUACAAAGGAGAUUUAGAUGGAACAAUUUUAUCAAGCAAGGCCACUGCAGGUUUGACAAAUCUUGAGCUAAAAACUGAUUUUGAUAACGAUGAUGAAACAGACAACGCGGACGCAAGUGAAGUUGAAAACCAGGGCAAUAAGGAUCCUGAAAGACUGAACGCAUCCAAUGAGACAGACGAUCCACCAGAAGACGCCAUUGAUGAUGAGAAGCGAGAAAUCAGUCGAGGGGUCAUAGACGACGCACAAGGACAGUUCAGCGUGAUGGAAGAGGGGCUUCCUUCUGAAUUCGAUGAUGGUAACGCUGGAAUAAAAUCGAACGAAUCCGAACCGGAAAAAGGACAGGAGGAAGUGGCUGAGGUGAUGGCAGUAGAGGAGAAUCCGAUGGAGAUGAAGGAAAUAGCUCUGGCACCUGUGGAGCCACAGCCUGAGGACACUAUGGAGGAGAUAGAGGACGCAGUGGUGAUGCCGCGGACCAGCGGGGCAGAAGACCGGGCUGAAGAGGUAGUGAUUGAUGAACAAGGACAAGGAAGGAGCAAUGGCGUGGGGGAGGGGUCCAUAGAAAGCUUCCACCUCGGUGCAGGUCAGACACAUGAUGACGUCUACCAAGGGGACCAAAGGCCGCCGGAGACUGAGAAUGACGUCGUGGAUCAGGGGACCAAGGAUGAGGACAAGGAGGGGGAGUGCAGCAGACCCCAGGAGGAGGAGGAGGACAUCAUGGACAUCCCCCUCGACGACCCUGAAGCCAACAAGGCCGCCGCCAAAAUCCAGGCCGGCUUCCGCGGCCACAUGACCCGCAAGAAGAUGAAGCCGGAGGAGAAGGCCGAAGGGGAGGAGGUGAGCACUGGGGAGGCACUCGGCGGCAGCCAGGGGGGCACAGAGACAGGAGGAGCGGGGGCAGUAGAGGGAGACGACAACACAUCUGUACCAGAGCAGUGA